AUGGCCCUCUUCUCCUCUUCUAAGCUCCUGAAAAUUUCCAAGAUGUCUUCUUUACCGUCUCUCCGACCAAGCGACUCGCUAUCUAUGCCUCAGCGGCCUAUUUCGUCCCUCUUUACCACCUCCUUUGCCCUCGUGUUCGAUGUUCCCCUCAGGCGUUCAGCUGUGCUAAUUGAUACUUCCGUCCCAAUCAGAGUCGAUCCUGAGUUUGCUUUAGACGCUACUCUGUUCAUUGCGUGGCCAUUUUCGCAAAUGAGCGGGUUGUUCAACUCUGGACUCCAUUCCCUAUCCGAUACUUGCCAUAGAGCAUUCCACGGCGACAACCGCUUCAAGUACAUAGACCGAUCGACAGACCUUCCUUCGAAACUCUCGACCUUACUUCGAGCUUGUAAUCCGAAUUACACAUUCCCUCAGACGACCGACGAUAUAAAACAACUCCUCCAGACUUGCAGCCAUCCAAUUUGUGGUUCAUAUCCCGACUACAACAGCGGUACUUGGGGGAGUAGGGUCCGGUCAAAGCGGUUGCAAGAGUUCUACGGGCUUUCAGAUUGGCAAUUACCCAGUCCAUCGUCCACCCCGAAGUCGAACUUCGACCCUUCAACCUUCGACACCCCCAAGCCCGCACGCUUUCCCCUGCAUUUCCAGGACGCCCUGGGUACCCCGUAUGUGCAAGCACGAAAUACGCCAGCGAUUGGGCAACGCCCGGAGAACGCCAUAGCAGAGCAGCAGGGUGCUCCCGUGAAUCCCUAUGCUCCUAAUUCCCACUCCGCCAACUUGCGUUCGAGUGUGCACCACUCGUCGGCCUCUCAGUACCCGUAUUCGACUCCUGAUCUGACGAACCAGCAUCAUACGUCGUUCCCUAUAUCCCCAGUAUCCCAGUCGAAUCAACUACGGCCGUCCUCGGCAGUCCAGGCAGUUCGACCGUCUAACAUGAACCCGUUUCAGGUUCAGACGCCCCCACCCACAAGGGAUUCAUCCACCCGUCGGAGAGAUCCAGGAGGCCAGAUGGUACCGCCUGCCACACCAUUGCAUGCCGCCAGCGCACAACGAAACAUCACGACCCCUAAUUCGAAUUUCCCGCAAGGCGGAUCCGUAUUCGAGAGCCCGUUCCAGUUCAACCCUCUUCAGUUCUCUCCCGAUGUGUUCCAGUUCCCAACCCCUGGGCCAGUAUCGGCUCCUCCCUAUGGCACGCAGCAUUUUUGGGAUCAGAAUGUACGGUCCGAUGGCGUAGAGGUGCCUCCGUCGCUGCUGAGCGAUGACCCAUUCGGUGCCAGUCCACAACGUGCCGACAUGGCCUCAUGGCAACCGUUUGGAGAACGUCCAGUCUUCCAGAUCCCGCAGCAACCGUUUCCAGAGUCGAGUCCCAUCCACCAUGCACACCAGCAGGGCAUGUGGCCCCCCAACCAGAUGCAAGCCAUGCCGUCACAGCCAGUGGCCCAACCCGUCCAACAACCGCCUGUUAGUGUGCAUCCACACAUGUUGGUCAGUACGUCGACCGCCUCAGAUGCACCGGGAUUUAGACCGCAUUAUGUUCAGAUGGGUGCCAUCCAGGAGAACCGCCAGCCGUACGAACAACAAGCCCGCGAAUCGAAUCGGGAUCGAGAGGCGGCCAGGAAGCCGCGGGAACAGCACUCUCGCGCCCCUCAUAACAUGUCGUCCAAUCCCUCGCAGUUCAUGGCUCGUCCUGGUCUGCAACGUAGCAACACCGACAGUGGCUUCCGCCGUAUCCAGCGCUCCCACGUGCAAGAGCAACGUUUCGGCACCGUCCGACAGCCUCCUGACACCACCUCCAUCCCGCGCAAACCCUCCCCUCUAAAACACCUCUCCCAAGCAGCAUUGACCUCCAUCCCUGAAUCGAACCCCCGCCCUCGCCCUCGCACACGGCUAGUCAUCGACGAAUCCGGCCGUGCCCGCACCGAGACCGAACCCACCCCCGCCUCCCCUAGCCACGCCUCGACCAACUCGCACUCCAGCACCGCGACCAAUCCUCACCGGUUCGGCUCCGGAUCCCAUGCCUGGCUCGCCGCCUCCAGCGACACGGACGAUGACGAUGACGACCUCGAUGACCCCGCCAUCCACAGUCAGCGCUCUUCCUUCCUCUUCCAACCUGAGCCUCCCUCCGGCGUCGUCGGCUCGGCGCGCAAGGCGAAGCACGCCCGCAUCGACAGUAACGAACGAAUCGAAGUGGCCAAAAUGCCGCGGUCAUCGUCCGCAGCCUCCCUUUCGGGAGCGCACCGGCACGCCUCCUCCGGCGGGUUCGCGCACGCCGUGUCGCGGAAGCUGGGUGCGGCAGCCCCGUUGCCCGGGAACGAUUAUCGGCGGUUCAGCAUGGGGAGCUUCGGCGGGGCGGGGUCGGUGGGGAUGAUGGACGAAGGCAGUUCCGAGGGGGCAACGCCGGGGAUCAGCGAGGAUGGGUCGUCGUCGGUGGAGGGACAGGCGCAGACGGCGCUGAAGCAGCAGAUUCUCGAGGGGAGGAGGAAGAAGCCGGGGAAGUCGUGGGGAAAUCAUCCGCAGCAGCAGUAUCACCACGGCGAUAUGUUUUGA